AUGGAUAUGGGGAAACGAGCACCAGCGAAGCUCCUACCCCGCAGUUGGUAUGAAGUGGAUGCAAUCCAAAUCCUCAAGAGCUAUGUUGAAGUGGAACUCCAGAUACACCCUAUCAAGCUUGCCAUGACUUAUAUCAUCAUUGGUCGAAUCCUCAAGCUUCCAUCCUUUAUGCUAGAGAAAAGCCUAAUGCAAGUGGACGACGCCCUGCUAAGGAUUACUCAGACACGAGCGGACUUUUCAUCAAGGCUCAGAGCAGUGUCAUCGAAUCAGAACCUGAUUAUGAAUGCAGAUGGCGUGGUCGUAUACUCCAUGAACAACUGGAAAUCCAAAAAGCACUCAACUCCCUGUGAACCUGGGCAGCUGAGGCAUAGCUGA